UCGCUCUCUCUCUCUCUCUCUCGCUCUCUCUCUCUCUUAUAUCUUCCUCUCUCUCACUCUCUCACCGUCUUACCCUCACUCUCUGUCCCUAGCAACCUCUUUUACUUAGCUCCUUUAAUAUGCUCAACAAUACCAUUAUUCCCUCUUCAAUUCAGUUCCCUCCCUUUUACGACUCUGUCCCUUUCCAAAUCUUUUCCAUGUAAAAAUACCUCCUUCUAAAGCAAACCCAACUCCACUCUUUCCAAUCUAUCAUUCAUUCCAUUAAAAUUAUUAUUAGCAAUUUCAACUUUUUUAUAUACAUAUGGAUUUGUUAAUGCUUAGUUUUGGAGUCAAAUGGAGCACUUGUUGACGAGAUUAAGCUCUCCAGCUACUGUUUGCUUUUGGUAGUUUAAGAACAAAGUUCUCAACUUUUGGAAGGAGAGAGAAAUUACAAAAGUCUUUGUGUUGUGUGCUGAGGAAUUUGUUUUAUUCUAUAAAUUCAAUCCUAAGUUAUAGCUAUUUCAGUUCAAGAACCAAUCGAACCAAAAAGCUUUAAAUUAAACUAACCCAACAGGCAACAGUUUGAUGUGCAAUGGCUCCGAAAACAGGAAAGGCGAAACCACAUAAAGCCAAGGCAGAGAAGAAGAAAAAGGAAGAGAAAGUUUUGCCAAAUGUAAUUGAGAUUCCCAUUGAAACACCGGAAGACACACAUGUGACCCUCAAGGGAAUCUCUACGGACAAGAUCUUAGAUGUGAGAAAACUUUUAUGUGUCCAUGUCGAAACAUGUCACUUAACCAACUUCUCCUUAUCACACGAGGUGCGAGGACCACGUCUGAAAGACUCAGUAGACAUCCUCUCGCUCAAACCCUGCCAUCUCACCAUCGUUGAAGAGGAAUACACGGAAGAGUUAGCAAUCGCUCACAUCCGGAGACUCCUGGACAUAGUGGCCUGCACCACCUUCUUCGGCUCUCCUUCGUCGUCUUCGCCCAAACCUGCGCCUCGACCCCAGCCCAAAGAGCCUGGACCGGCUGACGGUGAAGCUUCAGACAAUGCCGGAGACCACCCCACUCCCAAGCCGGCCGACAAGAAACCGGGUCCAGGACUCCACGUGGCACCCGAUGCCAACGACAAAGCUGACGUGUCGAUGUGCCCGCCGCCGAGGCUCGGAGAGUUCUACGACUUCUUCUCCUUCUCGCAUCUCACUCCGCCUCUCCACUAUAUUCGGAGAUCCACUCGUCCUUUCCUUGAAGAUAAAACAGAAGAUGAUUUCUUUCAAAUUGAUGUUCGAGUUUGCAGCGGGAAGCCAACGACAAUUGUUGCUUCCAGAAAUGGUUUCUACCCUGCUGGGAAACGCCUUCUUCUCAGUCACUCUUUGGUUGUUCUGCUGCAGCAGAUAAGCAGGGCUUUCGAUGCUGCAUACAAAGGCCUUAUGAAAGGUUUCACAGAGCACAAUAAAUUUGGCAAUCUUCCUUAUGGUUUUCGGGCAAACACAUGGGUUGUCCCUCCAGUUGUUGCUGAUAAUCCAUCUGUUUUCCCAUCACUUCCCAUUGAAGACGAUAAGUGGGGAGGCAAUGGGGGUGGGCAGGGAAGAGAUGGAAAACAUGAUUGCAGGCAGUGGGCAAAGGAAUUUGCCAUACUGGCAGCGAUGCCUUGUAAGACAGCAGAAGAGAGGCAGAUUCGAGAUAGGAAAGCCUUUCUGCUUCACAGUUUAUUUGUCGACGUUUCAGUUCUUAAAGCUGUUGCAGCAAUUAAGCAUCUCAUGGACAGUAAUCAAUGCUCUUUAAAUGAUCCCGCCAUUUCAAUCUUGCAUGAGGAAAGAGUUGGGGAUCUAAUUAUUAAGCUGACAAGAGAUGUGCCUGAUGCGAGUACAAAGUUGGAUUGCAAAAAUGAUGGGAGUCAGGUUCUGGGAUUGUCACAGGAAAAGCUUGCUCAGAGAAAUUUACUAAAAGGCAUAACUGCUGAUGAGAGCGCUACUGUUCAUGAUACUUCUACUUUAAGUGUAGUGGUAGUUAGACAUUGUGGAUACACAGCUGUUGUGAAAGUUUCAGACGAAGUGAAUUGGGAGGGGAAUCCCAUUCCACAAGACAUUGACAUUGAGGACCAGCCUGACGGAGGUGCCAAUGCCUUGAAUGUCAACAGCUUGAGAAUGCUAUUACACAAGCCAUCUAUGCCUCAAUCACCUAGUACGGGCCAACGAUUUCAGAGUUCAGAUAUUGAAAAUUUACGUGCUUCUAGGUCUUUGGUAAGGAAAAUAUUAGAAGGAAGUUUGCUGAAGUUGCAGGAAGAACCCACUAAACAGACUAGGUCUAUCAGAUGGGAGCUUGGAGCUUGUUGGGUGCAACAUUUACAAAACCAGGCUUCAGGGAAAACCGAGUCUAAGAAACCGGAAGAAGCUAAGUCUGAGCCUGCUGUAAAGGGCCUUGGGAAGCAAGGUGGACUGCUGAAGGAUAUAAAGAGAAAAACGGAUGUCAGAAGCAGCAAAACUGAAUUGGGGAAGGAAGUCUCUAUGAGUAACAACCCUGACAUAAACAAGAAAUCAGAUUACAUUAGUCAGAAGGAAUUGGAGAAACAAGAUGAGGAGAAGGAAAUGAUGUGGAAAAAGCUGCUUCCUGAACCAGCAUAUUUGCGCCUUAAAGAAUCAGAGACUGGUCUUCACCAUAAGUUGCCCGAUGAGCUGAUUGAAAUGGCUCAUAAAUACUAUGCUGAUACAGCUCUUCCAAAGCUGGUGGCAGAUUUUGGUUCCCUUGAACUUUCACCGGUUGAUGGAAGGACAUUGACAGAUUUUAUGCAUACCAGGGGUUUGCAGAUGUGUUCCUUAGGGCGCGUGGUUGAACUUGCAGAUAAGCUUCCUCAUGUUCAAUCACUCUGUAUACAUGAGAUGGUUGUUCGAGCCUACAAGCACAUAUUGCAGGCUGCUGUAGUAGCAGUUGAUAAUGGUGCUGACUUGGCUGCAUCAAUAGCAUCAUGUUUGAAUUUAUUGUUAGGAACACCAUCACCUGAAGACCUUGAUGCGGAUGUUACUAAUGAUGAUAAUAUAAAAUGGAAGUGGGUGGAAACAUUCCUUUUGAAAAGGUUUUCUUGGCAUUGGAAAUAUGAAAGCUCCCAGGAUCUGAGAAAGUUUGCCAUUCUUCGUGGGCUGUGCCAUAAGGUUGGACUUGAGCUUGUUCCUAGGGACUAUGAUAUGGACAGUACAUCACCUUUUAGGAAAUCAGAUAUUAUCAGCAUGGUCCCUGUCUAUAAGCAUGUUGCAUGUUCAUCUGCUGAUGGGCGUACAUUGUUGGAAUCAUCCAAGACUUCCCUGGAUAAAGGUAAAUUGGAGGACGCUGUUAAUUAUGGCACUAAGGCACUCUCGAAACUUGUGUCUGUCUGCGGUCCUUAUCAUCGAAUGACAGCUGGAGCAUAUAGUCUUCUGGCUGUGGUUCUCUACCAUACAGGGGAUUUUAAUCAGGCAACCAUUUAUCAACAAAAAGCAUUGGAUAUUAAUGAGAGAGAGCUCGGACUUGAUCACCCUGAUACCAUGAAAAGCUAUGGAGAUCUUGCUGUUUUCUACUAUCGGCUUCAGCAUACAGAGUUGGCCUUGAAGUACGUCAAUCGUGCUCUGUACCUCUUGCACUUGACAUGUGGGCCUUCUCAUCCGAAUACUGCUGCCACCUAUAUCAAUGUAGCAAUGAUGGAAGAAGGUUUGGGGAAUGUCCAUGUUGCUCUUAGGUAUCUCCAUGAGGCCUUGAAAUGUAACCAAAGAUUACUUGGGGCUGAUCAUAUACAGACUGCUGCCAGUUAUCAUGCAAUAGCAAUUGCUCUCUCUUUGAUGGAGGCAUACUCCUUAAGUGUUCAGCAUGAACAAACUACCCUACAGAUACUGCAGGCCAAACUUGGAUCUGAGGAUCUACGAACACAGGAUGCGGCUGCAUGGCUCGAGUACUUUGAGUCUAAGGCUCUAGAGCAGCAAGAAGCUGCACGCCAUGGUACCCCAAAACCAGAUGCCUCAAUCUCCAGCAAAGGUCAUUUAAGUGUAUCGGACCUUCUGGAUUAUAUAACCCCAGAUGCAGAUAUGAGAGCAAGAGAUGCCCAAAGGAAAGCUCGUGCCAAGGUUAAAGGCAAACUGGACCAGAAUGGGGAAACAGUAUCAGAUGAAUAUCAAAAGGAUGAAAUUUUGUCGCCUAGUCAUCCCUCUGCAGAAAAUGCAAGUGAUAAAGAAAACAAAUCUGAAGCUCAGUUUGCAGAACCUAGAGAUGACAAACCUGAUUCAAGCGUUUCUGAUCAAUUGAUACUAAAUAAAAAUGAUGAUGUGGCACAAGAUGACACAUCUGAUGAAGGAUGGCAAGAAGCUGUUCCAAAAGGUCGCUCACCUACAGCUCGCAAAUCUAGUUCAAAGAGGCCAAGCCUAGCAAAACUAAAUACAAACUUUAUGAAUUUACCCCCUUCAUCGAGAUACCGUGGAAAGUCCACUAAUUUCACAUCCCCAAGGGCGACCCAAAAUGAGCCUGUUGCUUCAACUGGACCUGCUCCUCCUGUUAUGAAAAAGUUUGUUAAGAGUGCAAGCUUCAGCCCUAAGUUAAAUAAUUCUAGCACCUCAAUGGCUGUUGCAGAGAAAAUCGCUAACCCAAAGUCAGCCCCUGCUACCCCAGCUUCCACUAAUCAAGCUGCUAAGGCUGCUCAUGUGGCAAGUUCAAUCAGUGUUCAGGCAGCUGGAAAACUUUUCUCCUACAAAGAAGUUGCUUUGGCUCCACCUGGAACAAUUGUGAAGGCAGUGGUGGAACAGUUGCCAAAAGGAAAUGUUCCCAAGGAACAGAAUCCACAGGUUAGCCAGGAGGCAGCUGUGACAGAGGUCACUCGUGGUGAAGUGACGAAAGUAAAGGAUGUGGAGGAAGAAACAGUUAAAAACCCCAAAGGAGAGAAACAACUCCAGGUUUCUAAGGAGGAAUCAAAAAGCACCAUCAAUGAAGAAGAAAAGCAAGAAACAAAAGUCAAGGACUCUUUGGCUACAAAACCCCUCAAGGUUGUAAAGAGUGGUUCUCGAGAUAUGGUAGUGAAAGGUGAUAAGGUAGAAUUAAAGAGUGAUGCUGUUAAAGACAAUGAAGCAGAAACAGGGAAUGUUGUAGUUCUUAAAGUUGAGAAUCCUGAUACCUUGGUGGAUUCAAACACUAGUUCUUUGAGAAGUGAAGUGUUGGAAACAGUUGUGCAAGAUGGUUGCCAAGCAACUUCCACUGAUUCAGGAUCUGCUUUAAUUGAAAAGACUACUGUUUUGCCUGAUAAAGAUGCCUCCAUUUCUAAAGAAAGGGUGGCAGAGGGAGAUGAAAAUCAGCAUGAUUUAUCUGAUGGUGGCUUAAGUGUUAAGCCAAUGCCAACUGAAGGAGAAAAACAAGAUGAAGCAGAAACUGGAAAGGAGACAGCCAAGAAACUAUCUGCUGCUGCACCUCCAUUUAAUCCAUCCACAAUUCCUGUCUUUGGCUCAGUUCCAGUUCCAGGCUUUAAAGAUCAUGGAGGAAUUCUGCCCCCACCAAUUAAUAUUCCCCCAAUAAUUCCAGUCAAUCCUGUCCGUAGAUCACCCCAUCAGUCAGCAACAGCAAGGGUUCCAUAUGGUCCACGGCUAUCUGGUGGCUAUAACAGAUCCGGAAAUCGGGUUCCACGUAAUAAAGCUAGCUUCCACAAUGGUGAAAACACUGGAGAUGGGAAUCAAUUUAGCCCUCCUACAAUGAUGAACCCACAUGCAGCUGAGUUUGUACCUGGCCAUCCUUGGCUUCCCAAUGGCUAUCCUGUAUCUCCAAAUGGUUAUUUGGCUUCUCCAAAUGGUAUUCCAGUUUCACCAAAUGGUUUUCCCAUAUCCCCAAAUGGUGUUCUGGUGUCACCAAAUGGAUAUCCAGCAUCACUGAAUGGUAUUCCAGUGACUCAAAAUGGGCUUCCAGCAUCUCCAGUCAAUCCUUUAGAAUCACCAACAGUUUUAAAUGUUGACACCACUGUUGAAAACAAAAAUGAAGCUGCAGUGGAGGUGAGUACUGAUGAGUCCUCUACAGAUGUUGCACAUGAAAAGCAGCCGAUUGAGCAGAAAGUGCAAGAAGAUGAAGCUGCAGACAAUGAGAAUAGUCAUCCUGAAAUUGAAGAGAAAACUACAGAUACAGCCCCAGUGGCUGGUGACACUGUCGUGGCAACAGAAACUUGCAGUAUUGCAGUGAUUGAGGAAAAACAAACCAAAUGUUGGGGAGAUUACAGUGACAGUGAAUCUGAGGUUGUUGAGGUUACGAGUUGAAGAAGGAUCUUGAAUUCCUUUUUGGACAACUAAUUUGUUCACAGCUCAGUGCUGUAUUUCUGUGAGACAACAGAAGUGUAAGGUCCAGUGAAUUACAGAAGGCCAGAUAAUGACUGCGGAAGUUCAUUUUCUGCUAAUCUAUGGCAUAAUUGAUUGCAAGCCCAGGUAUUGUGAAUACACUCGUACAGUUUGAAUUUGCAGUGAUGAGGAAGGAGAAUAUUAAAUUUUGAGUCGAGUUAAUAAGCGGGUAAGCCAAAGAAACACAACUACCGCGGAAGCACCUACUGAGUAGUUAGUCAACGGCUUAAAUCUCCUUAUAUUUGUUCAUUUUCAGCCUUUUCUUUUCUUUUUCUUUUUUUCCCUGCUGUAAUUUUUGUUAGUUGCCUUAUGAAAACAGAAAUAAACUUUGGACUAUUUAUGCUUCCCAGGACAUACUCUUAGGACUGAUGACUGCAUGGACAAUCUACAACAAUAAACUUCAGUUUUCUUGCC